AUGCCAAACCCUUCCCAACUCCUGCUCCUUGCCGACCAUAUCAAAUUAUCGCUCCUCGAACGGCAACGAGCCAUCUCGCUCGACCUAGAACCCAACAGUCAAGAUGGCGAGAUCUCACGCUCCCUCGACUCCUUGAAAGAGGGCAUCGAUGCCGUGGAAUCCGACUGCGCACGACUAGAAGAAACCAACGAUGAAAGCGCCACCGAGAUGAGAGACCAACUCGACCACCUAUACUCCCAGUAUCGAGACCUGACAUCCCAAUUCCGCGGCUCGGAUGCCGCAGCAGACGACGAUCCCGUCGAGUUCACCAACAUCAAGAAGUCAUCACCGGACCUGAAACAGCCCGUCCCGCAACAUCCUUCUUCCAAAUCAGUCCGUUUCAUGGAUAAUGCCGCCGAAGAGGACGAUCUCAAUCGCCGCAACCUUUUCCAGCCAUACCGCGACUCGCCCUCCCCACAGGGCGUCGACACAUCCGACAUGUCCAAUCAGCAGGUCUACGAUCAUCAUGAGCAGAUCAUGCGCGACCAAGACGAGCAGUUAGACCGACUCGGCGAAUCUAUCGGCCGACAACAUCAGCUCAGUAUCCAGAUCGGGGAUGAACUUGAGGGCCAUGUUGCGUUGCUGGACGACAUGGAUGGCCAUGUGGAACGGCAUCAGGGUCGGUUAGACAAGGCCAAACGCCGGCUGGAUAAAUUUCGGCGAAGUGCGAGUGAGAAUUGGAGCAUGAUGACAAUCAUCGGGUUGAUCAUCGUCCUCGUCAUACUGAUCGUCCUGCUCAAGUGA